ACCAUGUCCUAAAUUAAAAAUGACAUCUGAAAGAAAGGAAAAAAUGCUUGUGUUGAUUGAAUUUAAUGGAGCAGAGGAGAGAGAAACCUGAAAUCUAUAGAGAGAAAUAGCCCUUAGUACAGUGCUACUUAGCCCAUCAACUCUGUUAUGUAGAGUUUAGAUAUUUGUGUAUACAAGUAAAGAAAGUUAAAGGUGAAAAGAGAGGGUGGUUUUGUUUGUGGAAGAAGAGGUUAAAAGAAGAGCAAAAUCUCUGUUGUCUCAGUCCCAUUAUUUAUACUACUAAAAGUCUACCAAUUCUCAUCAAAAAGUAGUUUUGUUUUCAUUUUAACUACAAGAGAUAAUAUAUAGUAUUUAUUUCUUUUCUGAUUGUAUGCUACAACAUAAGAUACCUAUAUAUAUAUAUGUGUGUACGUAUAUGGCUGUGUUGAGUGGUAGGAACACGCGCAUGCAUAGGGGAGUUGAUUUAUAGUCGUCAGUGAAAAUCAUCUCAGCUUGGAAGAGAAUAUAAUUUUUCCGUUGGUUGAGGCAAAAUGGGCUUUUACAUAUGUGUUUGAUAUUUUCCUGCAAUUUGUUGAGGAAAAAAAGUGGUGUUUUUAGUUGUGGGACUUUUGCUUUGUGAAGAAUCUUGGUGCUGGUCGGAAGCUUUGGGUUUGGCUUCCUUGCGAUUGUUGGUUCGGUUGGUUGAAACUGAGAUCUAUCUGGGUUGGAAAAUUUCUGAUCUUUGAGGUUCUCUCGUAGCAAUUUUCUUCUGUCUAGAGCUUUCUUCUUCGUUUUUUCUCCCCAAAAAGCAAUUUUGGAGUUUGUUGUUGUAAGUUGUGAGCUGAAAGGUGGUGAGUGUUUCCAUGAUGACUGCACUAUGAAUUUCUUGAUCGCAAAUUUCUGUGUUUGGGGGCAUCCGGAGUCGAAGAUGCAGAGGUGAUGAAGCUGAUACAUCUUGGUUUUUGUAGUGAAAAGGGUUUUGGUUGAACAUUUUUGGAGGGACUUGUGGCUAAUAUCGCCUGGUUAUCUACAUGUGAAGGCUUUAUCUUCCACUUCCUCGCGUGAGGUAAGUUGGUGGAGGGGAAGGGUCAGCAAGUGAAAAAGUCACUUCAUGCACUGAAUUUUGGUGGGUUAUUGAGAGGACAAACUGAAGGUAUUAUGCUAUUCUGGUGUGAUAGAAAGGAGUCAAGGAAGCUGCACUUCUAUGUUGGGAACCACUGGUUGGGGAAUUUUGAGAUGAAUCAUUUGGGUAUAGUGUAGUUAUUGCUUGUUUUCUUGCUGCUCCAACCUUUCUUCUGCUUUUGAUCUGCAUAAUGAAGCUCUCUGCUGGUAUGGAUCAGCAGUCUCCUGAAGCAGGAGAGAAGAGCUGCCUAAACUCUGAACUUUGGCAUGCCUGUGCGGGUCCUCUUGUUUCUCUUCCAGCUAUUGGGAGCCAUGUGGUGUAUUUUCCUCAGGGUCACAGCGAACAGGUUGCUGCAUCUACAAACAAGGAAGUUGAUGGGCAGAUACCUAACUAUCCCAGUGUAUCUCCGCAGCUUAUUUGCCAGCUUCAUAAUGUGACGAUGCAUGCUGAUAUAGAGACGGACGAGGUUUAUGCUCAAAUGACCUUGCAACCGCUGAGCCCACAAGAGCAGAAGGAGGUUUUCUUCCUUCCAGCAGAUUUGGGUGCUCCUAGCAAACAACCAACAAAUUACUUCUGCAAAACUUUGACUGCGAGUGACACUAGUACGCAUGGUGGAUUUUCAGUUCCACGUCGUGCAGCUGAGAAAGUAUUUCCACCACUGGAUUUUUCCCAGCAACCUCCAGCUCAAGAGUUGAUCGCCAGGGAUCUGCAUAACAACGAGUGGAAAUUCAGACAUAUAUUUCGCGGCCAGCCAAAGAGGCAUCUGCUUACAACUGGUUGGAGUGUUUUCGUGAGUGCGAAAAGACUGGUUGCUGGUGACUCGGUCCUUUUCAUAUGGAAUGAGAAGAAUCAGUUGCUUCUUGGCAUACGACGUGCUGCCCGGCCACAAACUGUCAUGCCUUCAUCAGUUCUAUCUAGUGAUAGUAUGCAUCUGGGACUUCUUGCUGCUGCUGCUCAUGCAGCUUCAACAAACAGCCGUUUCACCAUAUUUUACAAUCCCAGGGCUAGUCCCUCUGAGUUCGUCAUAUCUCUGGCCAAGUUUGUAAGAGCAGUAUAUCACACUCGAGUGUCCAUUGGUAUGCGCUUCCGGAUGCUGUUCGAAACAGAAGAAUCUAGUGUCCGUCGCUACAUGGGCACAAUAACUGGCAUAUGCGACUUGGAUCCUGCUAGGUGGCCAAAUUCACACUGGCGGUCGGUUAAGGUUGGCUGGGACGAAUCUACUGCUGGCGAGAGGCAGCCAAGAGUGUCUCUUUGGGAAAUUGAGCCUUUAACAACAUUCCCCAUCUAUCCAUCACCAUUUUCUCUGAGAUUGAAAAGACCAUGGCCACCAGGUCUCCCCUCCUUCAGUGGGAUGAAGAAUGACGAAAUGGGAUUAAACUCUCCCUUCAUGUGGCUCCGUGGAGGUGUUGAGGACCUGGGAACGCAAUCUCUGAACUUUCAAGGAAUGGGGAUGACACCCUGGAUGCAGCCUAGGCUUGAUAAUUCAGUUCUUGGCAUGCAAAAUGAUGUUUACCAAGCUAUUGCCGCUGCCGCUCUUCAUGAGAUGAGGGUUGCACAACCUCCCAAACAAAUCCUUUCUUCAAUGAUGCAAUUCCAGCAACCCCAAGCUCUAGGAAGCAUGCCUGCUGGUUUCAUUCAGCCUCAGGUAUUACAGUCAUCUCAGUCACCCGCUCCUCUUCUGCAAAGUCUUUCAGGAAACCAGUCUCAGGCACCAUCACAAUUGCAUCCUAACUUCCUUCAGCAGAAAGUGCACCAUCAGAACUCAUUCAAUAACAUUCAGCUUCCGCAGCAGCAGCAUCAACAACAGCAGUCUACUUUGCUUCACCAACAACAUCAUGUUACUGAUCAUCCUCUGCAGGCUUCAACUGUUGCACCCAUCCUGUCCCGAUUAUCAACAAACUCGCAGGAGCAGUCUGAGUCUCUGCAGCCCAUAUCUUCCAUGCAUCAGAACUUCUCAGAACCAAUUCUGAAACCUAUGGCAGCCAAUACUAGUGCUCCAUUACACGGUUUAUUGGGUCCGGCCCACCAGGACGAAGCAUCGAAGCUUCUCAGUAUGCCUAGAUCCAGCAACUUACUAUCUUCAAGUGGCUGGCCUACAAAGCGGGUCGCUCUUGAUCCUCUUCUUUCUGAUUGUGUUUCACAGGGAAAUUCAACCCAGUUAAAUCAUUUGGGAUCUUCAAACACAAAUGUAACCCAGAAUGCUGUUUCUUUGCCUCCAUUUCCUGGUAGGGAGUGUUUGAUAGAGCAAGAAGGAAGUAACGAUCCCCAAAACCACUUCCUGUUUGGGGUUAAUAUAGAUUCCUCCUCCCUUCUUAUGCAGAAUGGGAUGUCAAACCUUAAAGGAGUUGGUAGUGAUUGUGAUAAUGCAGCUAUAGCCUUCGGCUCUUCCAGCUACAUGAGUAGCCCUGUAGCUGAUUACUCGCUCAAAACCACAGUGACUUCAAGCAACGGGAUUGACGAAUCAGGUUUCCUGCGGUCCUCAGAAAAUGUCGGGCACGAAAAUCCAUCCAACAGAACUUUUGUUAAGGUUUAUAAGUCAGGGUCCUUCGGGAGGUCACUAGAUAUUACCAAGUUUAGCAGCUACCAUGAGCUGCGUAGUGAGCUUGCACAGAUGUUUGGCCUUGAAGGCCAGUUGGAGGACCCCUUGAGAUCAGGCUGGCAGCUUGUAUUUGUGGACCGUGAAAAUGAUGUGCUUCUUCUUGGCGAUGAUCCCUGGCAGGAGUUUGUAAACAGCGUGUGGUGUAUCAAAAUACUGUCGCCUCAAGAGGUUCAGGAGAUGGGAAAACAAAGGCUGGAAAUUCUGACUUCCGUACCAGUUCAGAGGCCGCCCCUCCCAAAUGGCACUAGUGAUGGCUACGUGAGCCGACAGGAGGCCAGGAAUAUUAAUGCUGGAAUCCCAUCUGUCGGGACUCUUGAUUUCUAAAUCAUUUUUACUAGUUAUUAUGUCUCUACUGCUUGUAAUAUUAGCUCUGUUUUGAUCCUGUUUCUAAUUGAAGCCUGCCUUCAUAGAAGCUAUGUUACUGUAAUUAUGUUAGUAUAACCUCCUGUGUUUCUCCAGCUUAAAAUGCAAGAACCCAGAUUGCUGGGGUACUAGUUUCAGCAAAAUUUCUGUAUUUUUUGUUGUCAAUGCAUUCAAAGCUCUAGAAAAUAUGGAAAAAGGAAGGAGACUGAUAAUGUGUACUGCAAUCCAAGAUGCCGUUCAUUCAUGGUCAGUCUUGUAAGUUGAUGUAGUUUCCCCA